UGCGCGCGGCUCGCGGUAUUGGAUACGCUACAGAGCAGUGGAUAAACGAGAGGGAGUGGACACGAGGAGACCAUACGGAACACCAACACAUCUUUCACUGCGGACGGCUCCUGUACCAUUGCAGAGCCCUAGCCGCAGUCCCACCGUAGGCACCCGCUAUGAACAGAGCUUUUAACAGGAGAAAAGAUAAAUCCGGAGGGAUGACAUCCCCCGAGGCUUUGGCUAAGAACCACAUAGCGUACAGUGUUAAGUUCCUGGGAGUAACAGAUGUUGACCAACCAAAAGGCACAGAUGUUGUAAGGGUUGCUGUGAGAAAGCUUAAGUUCCAAAGGCAUAUCAAGAAGUCAGAGGGACACAAAACACAGAGGGUGGAGCUGCAGGUGUCCAUCUAUGGAGUGAAAUUAUUAGACCCCAAGACCAGAGAUGUACUGCACAACUGUCAGUUACAUAGGAUAUCCUUCUGCGCGGAUGACAAAACAGACAAGAGGAUAUUCACCUUCAUCUGCACAGAGCCAGAGACUAAAACACACCUGUGUUAUGUGUUUGACAGUGAAAAAUGUGCUGAGGAGAUCACCGUCACUAUUGGUCGAACGUUCGACCUCGCAUACAGGAAGUUUCUGGAGUCUGGCGGGAAAGACGUGGAGACGAGGAAACAGAUCAGCAGUCUUCAGAAAAGAAUUCAAGAACUGGAAACCGAAAAUUCCAAGUUGAAAGAACGACUUCAAGACAUAGAGGAGCACAUGACAGGUUCUCAUGCCUCUCCGCUUCUGCAUUUGAACUCUUCUAAUGAGGCCUACAUGCUGCGGAGUCCUUCGUCUAUGUUCUGGUGUGGCAGUGGCAGACUGACCGCCCUUUCCUUUCUAGAGAUCUCCUCUGUGACUCUAACACCAACCAGCUCUCCAGACUCCAGCAUCUCUGCCGGGCUACUAACCCCUCCACCCACUAAACCUACCCUGGCCAGGCUACCGCAGCAUAAUGGAUGCUGCAUACCUCGUCCACGUGCAGGGAGCCUGAUAUCCAGGGCUCCUCCCACUGACAUUUUUGACAUGGUUCCUUUCUCCUCUGGGUCUACUUUGGCAAGAAAGCCUGCCAUCAAUGGGUCUUCUCCUCCUCCUCCCUCUUUUUCACCUUCUCCACCUCCUUCCCAUGUUUCCCUUAAAGAGAAAGGAACAGAUCUGUUUGGGGCAGCACCUUUUGAUCCGUUCAUGUGCAACACGACAGACUUUCCUCCAGACAUCCAAUCUAAACUGGAUGAAAUGCAGCGUCAGCGAUGGAGGGGUUCAAUUUGGGACUAACCCUGGAGGGUGCAGUUUUCUCUCUGGACCCAAUGGACAGUCGCUACUGAUGACCACUUCACAGCUGUAACAUGGGCAGACGAUGUUGACCGCAACACAACGUUGUCCUUUCUUUUGUACACGCAUUCAUUGGAAAAUAUGUAUUUGUAUGGAUAUUCAAGAUUUCUCUGAUUCUACGUGUUUCUAUUUGCAUUGAAGUCGAUGGUGACCAAUGUCGUGAUACAUACACUGGUGUAGAUUAUUUUUGUAAAAGAAAAGAGGUAGUGAAUUCAUUUUGAGACUUUAUCGGUGGGAUUAUUGUACAGUCAAACAUAAUCUGGUCAGUAGGGAACAAGAUUGAAAAAGGAUUGAGUCAUGCCCUUACUAGCGCAAAUAUUUUUCAAUGUAAUUUUGCACCUGGAAGCACUUUUGAAAUGAUAGUUUCCUUUCAUUGUUGUUCGUCAAUAAAUACUAAACAUCUCA